UGUAAAAUUGCUAACAAGAGCAAGCGAUCAAAGUUCGAAUUAAAUGGUUUUGGAAUUAUUAUUAUUGUUUAAAUUUUGUUCAAAUAAAUUUAUUGUUGUAACAACAACAAAAAUGCAACAUACAUUGAGCCAUCGAACGAAAUUAGCUGUUUCUUUAUCCAUACAACGUUGGAUGUGUUUUUCGACUGGCUCAUCACUAUCGAAUGCUAAUGAUGGCAGCCCGACUGAUGAUAAAAUUUCAACCACAUUCAAAGAAAAACUCGACAAAGGACCUGGAUUUGACGAUUUUAUUGCUGGUGUCGUACCACGAAAUGUACAGACAUUUAGUGAUUAUCAAGGAAAAUUAAAACGGGAAAUAGGUGAAAGUGAACGGCUACGUUUACCACCAUGGCUCAAACGAGAUAUUCCAGUUGGACCAAAUUAUCAUCGAUUAAAAUCGACACUUCGUAACCUUAAAUUACACACUGUUUGUGAGGAAGCUAAAUGUCCAAAUAUCGGUGAAUGUUGGGGUGGAUCGGAAAGUUCAACUGCAACCGCUACCAUCAUGUUAAUGGGCGAUACUUGUACUCGUGGAUGUAGAUUUUGUUCCGUGAAAACUGCUCGUAAACCACCGCCAGUAGAUCCAGAUGAACCAAUUAAUACCGCACAAGCUAUCGCAGCUUGGGAUUUAGAUUAUGUUGUUCUUACAUCGGUCGAUCGUGAUGAUAUGCCUGAUGGCGGUGCUGAACAUUUUGCCCGUACUGUCCGUGAAAUCAAACGUCUUUCUCCCAAACUUCUUGUCGAAUGUCUGACACCAGAUUUUCGUGGCCAACGUACUGAUGUUCGUGCGGUAGCAUUAUCUGGUUUAGAUGUGUUUGCACAUAACAUAGAAACUGUUCGUGAUUACCAAAAAUUUGUAAGAGAUCCACGUGCCAAUUACGAUCAAUCAUUGGACGUUCUUCGAUGUGUUAAAGAAUUUAAAUCAGAAAUCAUAACGAAAACAUCAUUGAUGCUUGGUUUCGGGGAAACAGAUGAUCAAAUCAAACAAACAAUGGAAGAUCUACGGCAAGCUAAUGUCGAUUGUCUUACAUUGGGUCAAUAUAUGCAACCAACAAAACGUCAUCUAAAAGUUGUCGAAUAUGUAACACCCGAAAAAUUUGCCUUUUGGGAAGAUUAUGGUAAUCAAUUAGGUUUUGCUUACACUGCCUCUGGUCCAUUAGUUCGAUCUUCAUAUAAAGCUGGUGAAUUUUUCAUAAAAAAUUUGAUUGUCAAACGUCGCCAAAAUAAAUCAUCAUCAUCAUCAUAAAAUUUAUGAGGUUGUUGUUAUCUUUGGAAAUAUUCUAUAAAGAAAAUUGAAAAUUCUCAUUGCCAUAAUUAUAUUAGGUUAUAUCAUUAAUAGUUUUAAAAUAAAAAUUUUUUU